AUGGCGCUGCUCUGCUUCCUGCUGGACCUGCGCAACAUCCCCCCUGCCCUGCUCCACCGCCUCAAGGAGUGCCUGCUCGACCUCGCCAACCUCUACGCCGCCACUACGUCACAGCCACACGCAGGGACUGCGUCCCCCGCCGCCGCCGGCGCGCUCCCCGACCGCCUGGCCCUCGGCUACGUCUACGCUCCUUCAUCCAAACCAUCCUCCUCGUGCUCCUCCUCUUGGCCUGAGCUAAAGAUUGGGUAUAGGCCUGGAGAAAAAUUCAGUCUACGAGAUUUCCACCAUGCAGUAAAUAACAUACCUCUGGAUGGCUUUCUUGCUGACCAACAUGGUGGAUCUCUGCCUACUGGAGAUGUGUCACUAACAAACCUUUUUAGCAACAAAGCCAUCUAUUCUUGGGCUACUGAUGACAUCUCCAAGAAAGUGAUUGCUAUAUGUAUGUCUGCACAAAAUACAGAAGCUCUCCGAAGAUCUCUUAUGGACGCAGCAGAACAGUGUGUUGCGGUGGAUUUUAUAAUGUUGGAAGCAGAAGCUGCAUUCAUGUAUGGUGGUGCUUCCGAAAAUGCCAAUUCUUUUGUAAACAGAAUUUGUGAUCUUGAAAACUGUGUCGUACGGAGAUACAAUCCUGAGACCCAGGUUCUGCAUGGGCUAGUGAAGAGGUGGUUAGAAGAGCUAAAAAAUGACAAGGAGGAUACACUACAAGCUGUAUUUGUGUUCAGAGAUCCCAUUAUUGAUUCUGUUAAACACAUAUAUUGCAACCUGUGUGCAUCAGCAAACCAGAUAACUGAUGGUUUUCCACCUUGCCAGGCAUGCAAGUGCCAUGGUCACCCUAUUGACCUUGUCACCCCAAAUAAGGCAAAAUGGACGUGUCCAAUAACUAAUCGACAGCUUGCAGCUUCUGAUGUUACUGAUACUGCUGUGAGAAUUGGAGAACAAACAGUAUUGUUUCUGCCUACUUCGGAAGGUAGUUCGAACUUGCAGCGAGUCUCUACUUCCAUUUCUUUUGAUGUAAUUGAGCGCACUGAAUUAGCUUCAAUGAAUGAAGGAGUCAUAAUGGGGAGGUCUUAUGUUGUGAUCCCCAGUUCAAAUGAUGUUGAAGCUUCUCUAACUGAUGAGAGUUCAGAUCAGAACAUCCAAAUUUUCUAUGGUCUAUGUGAAACUCUUUUCAAGCUUGACCAGGGACUUGUUUGCUCUUCAUCAUGCAAUAUUGAAACGAUGCAAAUUGGAACUCUUCAGUGUUACUAUCUUCUCCAACCAUCUGAGAAAGGACCAAUGCUUCUGAGGAGACUUGCUGGAUCUGAAGAGAUGUUACCUCUCCCAGACGUGACUCGAGAUUGCAGCUCUAAGAUUACCAUGGAAAUCAAGAAUUCAAUCGAAACCUCUUUGUCUAAGCUUAUCCUCAAGGAUUACAACCCUCUGCAUCAUGAAAGAGGCUUUCAUUCAGAACUGAAUCGCUUGGUGAAGGACAGCCUGCAAUUUGGGUAUCUCCUCAUCGGUCGCUGGUUAUGCAACAUUUUUUGUUCCUUCAUAUACAUGGUUUCAGUUAUUUGCUUGCUUUCGUUGCUUGCUAUCAUGAUUGAUCCUGGAAACGAUCGCCAAAUAAGAUGUCCCAUGAUUGGAUCGACUUCAUUUUGCAGAUCAAUUGCUCCAUCCUGUGCCCCGAAGGACCCUCACAACGUUGGUUCCUUCAGCGAACCUCAGGCACCAACAUGUCAGGACCUGGAAGAAAGCAUGUUCCUGGACCAACCUGAGGACGCGGCUGGAGGUCUCAACGACCUUCUGCUCUCGUUCAGCGAGCCUCAGACAUCAACAUUCAUAACUCGAAGCAAGAACAAGCUAUCGAUCCAGUCCAAGAAGGGGAAGGCCUCUCCCAGCAUCAGUGAGGAGUGGGAGAAGCUCAUCAUCAUCGACGACCUCGACGACGACUUUGCCAGCCCCGCCCAUCCCAGGCCUGCUGUUGACAAACCUCCCCGCCCCAAGCCACCGUCUCUAGUGAAGCCACUGGAUGAGAAGACUUCAAGGAUUCUGGAGAGGCUGGAGCCCCCCAGGGCGAAGAAGCAGAGAGCGAACAUCAGCAAGGCCAGCACAGGCGCGGCACUGGCACCUGCCAGUAAACAGAUCAAGAAGCCGUUGCUGCCGCGUGAGCCGAGCGCAAGCCAGCCGCUGCGACCUUCCUUCAACAGGCUUAGGAGAAAGCUCCCUACCUGA